AUGGCCGCUAGGCCAAAAGAAUUGGUCGUUUUGUUCAUGGCCCUCUGGUUUCAAGUAAUCAAAGGUGAUGGUUCAUCAGCUUCAUCAGCACUGAAUUGUUCUGGCGCAUUCUUUUCGUUCGCUGAUUGUUUGGAGUUUGUGGAGGAUGCGUCCAUGGUGGAAAAACCAGGAAAAGCCUGUUGCACUGGCCUUGAGGCUGUUGCAGGCCAGAGCAUAGGGUGCUUGUGUGAGGUCCUCAAGGAUGGGUCAAGGUUUGGUAUCCCUAUCAACAUGACAAGGGCUCUCAGGCUAACAUCUCUCUGCAGGGCUUUUGCUCAGCCCAUGGAGCAUUGUGUUAUAGAAAUUUUGCGCCGCAAGGUGCUCGAUAGUCACCAUCAAAAGAUGGAUAGCUAUAAGACAAAAUGGCCUUAUGUGCCAUACAUGGUGCGUCGUCGUUGA